CCUUUCAGAACGGCGGAGGGAACGGUUGGGGAAAACGCCUGAGAGAUCCCGGUGGGUGCUGAAGGUCCCGGGACACCGGUGGAGGUAUCCGUGACGUCAGAGAAGGGGGCGGGACGCGCCCGUAUAAAGCGGCGGCGGCGGCGGAGCGGUUCAUUCAUAAAAAAGCGGAGAGCGAAAAGGGGGGGGAGAAAAGAAAGCAACGGGGAUUUUGCACCGGGAAAGCAGAGCCUCGGGAACGGCUUUAACCCGGGGCUUCCAGAGGCCAACGGGGGACUUUGUGCACCGGCGGAGAAGCGGUCCCGGGAUUGAGGCAGGGAUUUACCGGCUUUUUUCCUUCUUCUCCUUCCAGCCGCCGGGAUUGGGAACCGGAGGUUGGGAAGGAUCUACCGGCUCUGGGUUGGAGCCUUUGGGAACGGAGAGAACGGCGUUUGGGAAAAAGUCGCACCGGGAUUUUAGGACCGGCGAACCUGGGAAAAGGGAUUUACCGGAGCUCGCGGUGGGACUUUGAAACCGUCAACCGGAGCCUGGGAACGGCUAUAGUGGGGUUUGCAAGGAGUGAACCGGGAGGAGGUUUGGAACGGGUACAUCGCCCUUUGGAAAGGAGCACCGGGGAUUUCGGUGAACCGGAGCCCGGUACGGAUGCACUGAGGCUUUGUAGCAGCCAAAACGGAGCUCGUAGAGAUGCACCGGUACCCGGGACGGCUGCUUUAGGGCUUUGUACCGGAGAAGCGGAGCUCACCGAAGCCUGGCACGGAUACACCAAGGCUUAACGGGAGGCUGGGACAGAUCCACGGGGGCUUUAUACCGGCAAACCGGAGCCUGCGACGGAUAUACCGAAGCCUCUAUAGCUGCAUCCCGGAGUGUGGUACGGAUACACCGGGGCUCGGAGCAGCUCAACCGGCGAACCGGAGCUUCCAGACGCAAACAGGCAUCACCCAUCCCCCGGUGCCACCCCAGCGGGGGACCCCCCCGUUUUCCCGGGCACAACGAACCGGCCCGGGAUGCUGGUGGUUUGACCCGCAGCCUUGGCGUGGCGGGGCGGCCACCGAGGCCCCGGGGCCAUGUUCCAGGGUUUCCCCGGUGACUACGACUCGGGGUCCCGCUGUAGCUCCUCACCCUCGGCCGAAUCCCAGUACCUUUCUUCCGUUGAUUCCUUCGGGAGCCCCGCGGCGGCGGCGGCCGCGCAGGAGUGCAGCGGCCUGGGGGACAUGCCCGGCUCCUUUGUGCCGACGGUGACGGCCAUCACCACCAGCCAGGACCUACAGUGGCUGGUGCAACCCACCCUCAUCUCUUCGGUGGCCCAAUCGCAACCCCCAGGGGCACCCAUGGCACAUCCUCCUCCCGUCGAUCCUUACGACCUCCCAGGACCCAGCUACUCCACGCCGGGCAUGGGCACCUUUGCCGCGGGGCCGGCAGCACCACCAGCACGUUCCACCCGUGCCCGUCCCCGGCGCAGCCGUGAGGAGACGUUGACGCCGGAGGAGGAGGAGAAGCGCCGGGUGCGUCGGGAGAGGAACAAGUUGGCGGCGGCCAAGUGUCGGAACCGGCGCCGGGAGCUGACGGAUCGGCUGCAGGCGGAGACGGACCAGCUGGAGGAGGAGAAAGCCGAGCUGGAGUCGGAGAUCGCGGAGCUGCAGAAGGAGAAGGAACGCCUGGAGUUCGUUUUGGUGGCCCACGCUCCAGCUUGCAAGCUCCCCUUUGAGGACGUCGGUUCCUUGGGUGCCGGCCCCGCCGAGAGGGAACCACCUGCGGAGCCUCGCAUCAGCGGAGCAGCAGCAGCGACCAGUCCUCGGACUCCUUGAAUUCUCCCUCGCUCCUCGCGUUGUGAACGGGGUCCCCUCCCCACCAAAAACACCCCCCCAAAACCCACCCCAAAACGGGCACCUCCUCCCUCCCCGGGUGGUGGCACUUCAUUUUUUGGCUUCAUGGGUUUUGGCUCUCUUCUCCCACCCCACCCCUGUUGUGGUGGUUUUUUUUUUUGGGGGGAUCACUUGGGCCCAGGGCGUUGAGGUGUUGGUGAGGUUGAAGGUUUGAGACGUGUUGGAGGUGUCCGUGAUGGGUCUCCGUCGUUCCUGCAGCAUCUCGGCUGCUUUAGAGGUGGCUCCCCAGCAUCUCAUGGGAGUUCACGCAGCGCCUCCCACCCUUCGGAGGUGUUCCUGCCCGGUUUCCACCACCCGGGGAUGGUUCCUGUUGUGCCUCCGUCACCUUCGAGGUGUCUGUCCCCGUUGUCCCCAUUGUCCCCGUUGUCCCGUGGGGCUUUAUGCAGCUUCUCCAUCGCUUCGGAGAAGUUCCUGCUCAACUGACACCCACCUGGGAAGGUCCCUUUGUAGUCUCCACUGCCUUAGAGGUGUCCACACCAUCUCACGUGGCUUUAUGCAGCGUCUCCAUCCCUUUGGAGAUUUCCAUGCCUGAUUCCCACCACCCUGGAAACUGUCCCUGUGGUGUCUCCAUCACCUCAGAGGUGUUCGUCCCUCAUCCCACAGGGAUUCACGCAUCAUCUCCUUCACUUUGGAGAUGUCCACACCUGAACUUCAUGACUUUUUGGGAAGGUCCCCUGGUGGUACCUAUGGCACCUUUAGAGGUGUCCGUGCCUGAUCUCUGUUCUGAGGAAGGUCCCUGUGGCUUCGGAGAUGUCCAUGCCGUAUCUCCUUCAUCCUGGGAAAGGUCCCCGUGUCAUUUCUGUUACCGCUGGAGAUGUCUGUGUCAUCUCCAUCACCCCAAGGUGGUCCACGCGGCAUCUCCCUCACCCUAGAGGUACCCACGCUGCAUCUCCAUCUCCCUUGGAGUUGUCUCCACGGCACCUUCAUCACCUUAGAGGUGUCUGUGCCACAGCUGUACCAUCCCAAGGGGGUCCUUGCAGUAUCUCCAUCACCCUGGAGAUGUCUUUGGCCGUCUCCAAAUGCCCGAGGGGCUUCCUUGCGGCAUCUCCAUCACCUUGGAGUGAUGGAAGUCCAUCACUCUGAUGGGGACUCCACGUGCGGUCUCCUUCCCCUUUUCCCACGGAGCCCACGCUCCCCAUAUCCCCAUCCUCCUUGGUGGUCCCAGCCCCACUGCUGCUGGUGGCCUCCAGGUGACUUCUCCAACCACCCGCGACGUUAGGUGGGCGCCCAUCCUGCCUGUUCCUCCCCACCCAACUAUGAACACAUCCACCCUUCCUGCACGGGUCCUGCUGGCGGCUCUGGCGUUCCCCACCCCUGCGCCGUCCUCCUCUCGUGACCAAGCUUUGGCCGUGUUGGCUCUUUUGUCUUCUCCAGUAUAUAUAUAUAUAUAUAUAUUUGUUGCAUGGGGCCACCAAACCCCUUGGAGAUGUUUAAUUUUUUAUGAUGAUGAUGAUGAUGAUUAUUAUUAUUAUGGCCUGUGCUGUAUUUGUGACCUCGCGUCCGCGCUCCGCCCAUCCCGACGUGGCCAAUAAAGCAGCUUCAGAUCGGCAUCCGUUGGGCUC